CGCAUUGCGUCACUUCCUGUUGUCCCAGUUUCGCUCUAUGUCUCUGUGACCCAAACAGGAGAACGUUCCAGCGAAGCGCUCCGUCUCCCCUCUGCAGCGCUGCGUGUUUGGCAACGGGGGGAGCAAGAGGAGCCGGCGAGCGCAGAGCAAGAUCCUCCAUCUGCCUGGUGACGGAGCACAGAGCGGAGGGCAGAAGUGGGUCAUAUGGAAACCCCGAUAUGGACGCCCCAUGCUGCCAUGAUGCGACCCAGAGCGCUGAACAACAGGCUCUCAUCUGCCAGGACAGGAAAUGUGUUUUAAAGAAAACAACGCGCCUUCCUGUUCCGGCCAGCUGACAGCCGCAGCAGUCCCAGCCUCCUCGCCAGGUUGUGUAAUCGAACCCCGAUAAGCGGCCGGUUCCCAGCAGUCAGGCGGAAGAAGCAGCGCAGCAGCUGAAACGGGUCUGGACCGGAGUCUGGACCGGAGUCUGGACCGGAGUCUGGAUCGGAGUCAGGCGGACGGGCAGUUCUGGAAGUUCGGCGGUAGUUGUUUAGUGUUCUGGGACAGCAGCGGCACCAGCCGGGAACAUGGCGGACACAGAAGAAAUGUUCCUCCGAGCCAAACAUCGGACUUUCAGCGGACUGAGUGAAGAGGCGGAGCGGCAGUGGACCGGGCCGUUCUGCUUCGUCCAGGCUGCGGACCCCCAGCUGGGCCUGAUGAAGUCGUGGCGGAUCGGCGACGCGGUGGGCGGCGGGGACGAGUGGGAGGAGGAAGUGGCGCUCACCAAGCAGGCGGUGGCGGGGGUCAACCAGCUGCAGCCCCGGCCCCGCUUCAUGGUGCUGUGUGGGGACCUGGUCCACGCCAUGCCGGGAACCGAAUUCAGAGAAGCCCAGGAGCGGGACCUGAAGGAGGCUCUGAGGGGGACGGACCCGUCCAUCCCGCUCGUGUUCGUCAGCGGGAACCACGACCUGGACCAGGUCCCGACUCCCAGCACGGUGGAGCGGUACUGCCAGUCCUGGGGCGACGACUACUUCAGCUUCUGGGUGGGCGGCGUUCUCUGCCUGGUCCUCAACUCCCAGCUGUACUUCAACGCCUCGGCCUGCCCGCAGCAGAAGGCGGCUCAGGAGACGUGGCUGGAGGCGCAGCUGAGCAGGGCCUCCUCUGCGGAACCCAAACCCAAACACAUCUUGGUUUUCCAGCACAUUCCUCUGUAUGUGAAGAGUCCUGAUGAACAGGACGAGUACUUCAACCUGCCGCAGGAAGCGAGGCAGAGCCUAAUAGAGCGUUUCAAACGGGCAGGCGUGACGGCCGUCUUCUCGGGUCAUUACCACCGGAACGCCGGCGGCUGCCACGACGGCCUGGACAUGGUGGUGACCUCGGCCAUCGGCUGCCAGCUGGGCGACGACACCCACGGCGUGCGGCUGGUGGCGGUGACGGCCGACGCCGUGGUGCACCGCUACGUCACCAUGGAGCAACUGGGGCAGCGCAGCGUGGACGAGGAGCUAAGGAAGAUGCUGCAGGCCUGCUGACUUCCUGUCUGCUGACUUCCUGUCUGCUGACUUCCUGUCUGCUUCCAGGAAAAACUAAAACUAAACCACUUCCAGCCUCAGACUCUCAUACAUUAUUCUGGGAACCUUUCAAUCAUCGUCAUGUUGACUCUUAGUCAGAAACCUGGGAGGCGGUGCGCCACCAAUAAUCUUCCUGUGGGAAACAAACACUGAGAACUGAGCCUAACAGAAAUCAAAGUUAGUGUGAAAAUCAACAAAAUGAGCUUUUUAAACCAUUUUAGUAUUUAGUUUUCUCACAGGAAAUCAUUGUAGAUUCAAUCUUCAGAUUAGCCAUUAGCGUUAGCUUCCUGGACCAGCUCAACAAGGAGAAAACGAGGCGUAAAACAUUACCUGCUCAUACCUGAUCUGGAGAAUCUAAGAUCUGUUGGCCUUGUUAGCGACUCUAUGCAAGCGUUUCCUGUUUGUGAGUCUGAUCUAGUUCUUAAUUUCUGGAAUAUUAGGAUUUGAAUCUUUGCAGAAGAUUCAUCUUUAAAAAAAACAUUCAUUGAAUUUGAUUGUGAUCAGACGCAUUAUACAGCAGAGAAUUGAUUAAACUAAAUCUUUAACAUGAAAAUACAAACAACAACGAUUAGCUACAGAACAAUUCAAGAUGGAUGUCAAAGAAAAUUUAUAGUGGGACCAAAUCUCAUCAGACAUCAAUGCUGUCAAAUGCUACAUAAUUCAACCCAUAGAAAUCAUAUUUACUCAUGUUUAUUAUUCAAUAUGGCCACCGUGGUUAUAGUAAAUUUUUCCACUAAAAUUGGCAGUUAAAUCAUUAAAUCAAACAUUUUCUUGAUCUUCUUUCUGGGGGUCAUUUCUCAAAAUGGUCGUCAUGGAGAAUGUGUGUUGCAGUAAUUACUGUUAGUUGUCGCAACAGCUUACCAAAAGUUAGCUUCACUAUAGCAUUAGCAGAAACUGGUAUCUGCUAAACCACCAAGGACAUAGAAAAUAUUAGCAGAAGCUAAUGCUACACACAGAAAAAUUAGCUCUGCUAACACUAAACCACUAAAGACUUAGAAAUACUUAGCAUUAGCUAAUGACUAGCAUUUGCUAACAGCAGAGUCCUUGGUGAUUUUUACAUAUUAUUGUUAAAGUUGAUUAAAUAUGAUGACUACAACAUGUAAUGUGACAUAAAGUUCUGAAGUGGCUGAUGGGAAAUAUGGAAGCUGAUUUUUGAGACUGUGUCCAAACUAUAAAGAUUUCUUCAGCAAUAAUCUGCUCAGGUUUACUCCUCCAGUGUUACCAUGACAAGCAUUGGUAACGGGUCUGCUGGCGGCGGGACCCGAUCACUCCGACCGAUCACUCCGACCGAUCACUCCGAUCGAUCUCUGGAGUGGAAGACACACACACACUCACACACACACACUCAACCAGACACACUCACGCGCGGCGCGGCCCCCAGCAGGAGAACUUCGGUCGCUUUGCUUUGUUUCUAAUGAUCCUCAAAUUCACUCGACUGUUGGAUGUAUUUUUAUAAUAAAUGUUGAUUUUUACUGAA